ACUAAAAAAAAAAGUAUUCCGAUUAUUUCUUUUUUUUGUCCCUCUUGUUGCACCUAUACCUCAGGCAUGAAGAAUGAGCUGAAUAGGAAUUACUCAGAGGUGACUGAGUUCAUUCUACUGGGCCUCAGAACCCCUCCAGAGCUACAGAUGCUCUUAUUCCUAGCGUUCUUGCUAAUCUACAUUGUCAUUGUGGUCGGAGAUAUCAGCAUGAUAUUCGUCAUUUGGGUGGACUCCAGGCUUCACACCCCUAUGUAUUUUUUCCUUAGAAACUUGUCCUAUUUAGACCUCCGCUACUCCACUGACAUUGCUCCUAAAACUCUGGCCAACUUCUUGUCUAAUGAAAAGAAAAUUUCUUACAAUGGCUGUGCAGCCCAAUUUUUCUUCUUCGCCCUCUUUGCCACAACUGAAUGCUUUCUUCUGGCUGUGAUGGCAUUUGAUCGAUUCUCAGCCAUUUGCUCUCCUCUCCUUUACCCAGUGCACAUGUCCCAGAAGGUCUGUGUUUGGUUGGUAACUGGCUCCUAUAUCUGUGGAGUCAUUAACUCCGUAGUACAAACAGGUUUCACCUUGAGUUUGCAUUUCUGUGAAGAAAACAGAAAUUUGGACCACUUUUUCUGUGAUGUCCCAGCCCUGAGUGAGAUCUCAUGUGUUGACACCUUUGUGAAUGAGAUUGUGCUGUUUGUUUUCUCUGCUUUUAUCAUCAUCGCUAUGACAAAGGCGAUUCUGGUAUCUUACGCUUAUAUCCUCUCCACUGUCUUGAAGAUCCCCUCAUCUCAGGGCAGGAGUAAGACCUUCUCCACCUGUGGUUCCCAUAUAGCAGUGGUGAGUUUAUUCUAUGGGACUGUGUUCUUCACGUAUGCUCAACCUGGGGCCAUCACCUCACCCCAGCAAAACAAGAUCAUUGCUGUGUUCUACACAGUUAUAAUUCUAAUGCUGAACCCUCUAAUAUACAGUCUGAGAAACAGAGAUGUGAGAGAUGCUGUGAAAAGAAAAUUAUGUGGGAAAUGAUCCUCUCACUGAUGUUUUUAAGGCCAUCAUUUAGUGGACACAAUUUAUUUUCCAAGAUUUCUAGUUCAAAAUAUGUCUGGUUCCAGAAUUUUUAUAUCUAAAUAUGUACUCAGUGUAUGGCAUGUGAAAUACUGUAAAAAUGUAGUUUUGCAACCUAGAAACAACCACUGUAAGCAUUUUAUUCUACUUUCUUAUAAUAUUUAUUAAUCAAAUGUAAAUUAUAUUAGU